AUGAAAGCUAGGCGUCAGCUUCGCGACGCCGUAGACUUGUUGUACUCUCGCGGCUGCGCCACCGCUGAGACCUACACGCGGCUCGUGCUCGAAUGCGUACGAGCCGACGAUGUUUCCCAAGCAAAGAGACUGCAAUCUCACAUGGACCUUCACUUGUUUCAGCCCACCAAGACUUUCCUCCAAAAUAGGAUCCUCCAGCUCUAUGCCAAAUCCGGGAACCUUGGUGACGCUCAAGACCUGUUUGACAAAAUGCCCAAGAAAGACGUUUACUCAUGUAACGCCAUGCUUUCUGCUUAUGCAAAAUCUGGGUCUGUUGAGGAGUUGCGGACAAUCUUUGAUCAGAUGCCUUCUCGCGAUUUGGUCUCCUACAAUACCGUGAUUGCUGGUGCGACGGCAAAUGGGUGUUGGGGCAAGGCGUUUGAGGUUUUUGUUAAAAUGCAAGAGGAAGGGUUUGAGCCGUCAGAGCAUACAUUUGUGAGCGUGUUAAAAGCGAGCACCAGGUUGCUGGGUUUUAGGCUUGGGAAGCAAAUUCAUGGGAGAGUAGUUGUAGGUAAUAUGGAAGGGAAUGUUUUUCUUUGGAAUGCGUUGAUCGAUAUGUAUGCCAAAUGUGGUGACAUUGAUCGGGCUCGUUGGUUGUUUGACUGGUUGGUUGGCAAGAAUGCGGUGUCUUGGAACUUGAUAAUUUCCGGUUACUUGAAAAAUGGGCAGCCUGAGAAAUGCAUUGAUUUGUUUCAUGAAAUGCAAUCGUCAGGGUUGAAGCCUGACCAGGUUACGGUGUCAAAUAUUCUCCGUGCUUACUUUCAGAGCGGCAAUAUAGUCAAAGCAAGGAAGGUAUUUGAUGAGAUUAGGGAGAAGGAUAAGAUUUGUUGGACAACAAUGAUAGUUGGUUAUGCACAGAAUGGCAGAGAAGAGGAUGCUCUGAUAUUGUUUGGUGAGAUGCUAUUGGAAAAUGUCAGACCUGAUAGUUUUACCAUCUCGAGUGUAGUUAGUUCGUGCGCCAAAUUAUCAUCUUUGUAUUAUGGCCAGGUUGUUCAUGGAAAAGCAGUUCAUAUGGGAGUUGCUGAUCAAUUGCUCGUGUCUAGUGCGCUUGUUGAUAUGUAUUGCAAAUGUGGAGUUACUGCAGAUGCUUGGGUGGUUUUCACACUAAUGCCAUUUCGGAAUGUGGUUUCUUGGAACGCGAUGAUUACAGGUUAUGCACAAAAUGGGAAAGAUCUAGAGGCCUUGGCCCUCUAUGAGAACAUGUUACAAGAAAACAUAGUUCCAAAUAAUGUUACUUUCAUAGGUGUUUUAUCAGCUUGUGUCCAUGCUAAUUUGAUUGAACGAGGACAGAAGUAUUUUGAUUCAAUUAGUGAACGAAGUGGUAUGGAACCCACUAUGGAUCAUUAUGCCUGUAUGGUCUGUCUCCUUGGUCAUUCAGGUUACAUAAACAAAGCAGUAGAUCUUAUCAGAAGUAUGCCCCAUGAACCGAAUAGCUUGAUUUGGUCCACUCUUCUAUCUGUUUGCGCAAUGACAGGCGAUAUCGAACACGGGGAGAUGGCAGCUAGACAUCUCUUUGAAUUGGAGCCACUCAGUGCGGGACCUUACAUCAUGCUUUCCAACAUGUAUGCUACUUGUGGAAGAUGGAAAGAUGUGGCAGACAUGAGGUCUCUCAUGAAGGACAGGAAUGUUAAGAAGUUUGCUGCUUACAGUUGGAUUGAGAUUGAUAACGAGGUUCACAAAUUUGCAUCAGAAGAUCGAAUUCAUCCCGAAGCAAAAGAAAUAUAUGAAGAGCUGAACACACUGAUUAGGAAACUGCAGGAAACUGGGUUUACUCCUGACACAAAACUGGUUCUUCAUGACGUUGGGGAGGAGGAGAAAUUUGAGUCCAUCUGUUAUCACAGUGAGAAACUUGCUCUUGCAUUUGGUUUAACCAAAAAACCUCAUGGAAGGAUACCAAUAAGAAUUAUAAAGAACAUUCGUGUUUGUGGUGAUUGCCAUGAGUUUAUGAAGCUUGUGUCUCAAGCUACUGGACGGCUCAUCAUCUUAAGAGAUUCAAAAAGAUUUCAUCAUUUUAUUGAUGGGCAUUGCUCCUGCAAGAACUGCUGGUAA